CAAUCUAGUUAAAUCGACCUUUUACAACAACGUUUCACAAUUAGCAAACAUUACUAUGACUAAGGAGCUGAAUGAUACAAGUUUAUAUUGCAUGGAAUUUUUAAAGAACAACACUGUAUGCAUACUGAGAAGUCAUAUUAAAUUGUAUUACAUACCUCAUGAAGACGAUGAACACACGCAAGCUGGAACGUAUCAAAGUACUCAUAUAUUAACAGUCUGCCUGGUGGUAGUAGUUAUUACAUUAGUAGCGUUGCUGAUUGUGAUCUUCUUUCUGGUCUACAAGAAGAAACAACGUGAUCCACAGCCGCUGCCAGCUGAGGCGGCACAUUACAGUGUAGUGUACGACCAUUGGAUUAGACAGCGUCAUUGUCAGUAACAUGAAGACACAUUGUGACCAGGGUUGCCUUUACAUAUUUAGCCCCAUACGAAGAAAUAAAAAAUCUAAUAAAAAUCUAGUUAAUUUAGCUCAAUUUAAUUAACGAACCUGAGAACCCAUCACCAUAUACGUAGUAUAAGUUACUGGUUCAUUUUCUACGCGAUGUGCAACUAUAAUUAAAAUUUCUGAUUUUUAUCUCUUGUUUCUGAUUGUUUAUUACAUCUAAAUAUGUAA